ACAGAGAGACAGCUUCGCUUUUCCUUUUCCGUUGUUCGACGCCUUCUCUUCUCUCUGUUUCGUCUUUCGUUCAUUCAAUUCUCCCAAAAGUCCUUAACUACUACUCUAAACACCUAAGAUUUUUAUCCUUUUUUUUUUUUUUGGGUCUUUCUCUUUUUGGAGAGUUUAUAGUUUCUAGGGUUUUUUUUUUUUUUUUUCUUAUUAAAAAAAACACAAACUUUGGGGGAGAAAUUUGGUUUUCCGGGGAGUGGGGAGAUUUCUUUCUUUCUGUCUGUAUCUCUUUUAGGGUUCUCCGGUUGAGGUGAGUUGGAGGAAUUUCAAUCUCCGGUUUAAUUUUUUCUUCGGUUUUCUCCCGGCGGCGGAGUCGUCAUGGCUUCCAAUCUCCCUAUGAGCCCUAAAUUGGAGCAGAUCCAUGGCGAAAUCCGUGACCUUUUCCGUGCCCUCGCGAAUGGUUUCCAGAGGUUGGAUAAGAUCAAGGACUCUACUAGACAAAGCAAACAACUCGAGGAACUUACCGAGAAGAUGCGAGAUUGUAAAGGUUUGGUUAAGGAGUUCGACCGUGAACUUAAGGUUGAGGAACCUAGGAACUCUCCUGAAGUUAAUAAGCAAUUGAACGAUGAGAAACAAUCUAUGAUCAAGGAGCUCAAUUCUUACGUUGCACUAAGAAAAACGUAUAUGAGUACCCUUGGUAACAAGAAAGUUGAACUUUUUGAUAUGGGAGCUGGAGUUAGUGGCGAACCUACAGCUGAGGAAAAUGUUCAAGUGGCUUCCUCUAUGUCAAACCAGGAGCUUAUUGAUGCUGGAACGAAAAGAAUGGAUGAGACUGAUCAGGCCAUUGAGCGCUCAAAACAGGUUGUAGAACAAACACUCGAAGUUGGAACUCAAACCGCAGCUAAUUUAAAGGGACAGACGGAUCAAAUGGGUCGCGUAGUUAACCACUUGGACACCAUUCAAUUCUCUAUCAAGAAGGCAUCCCAGCUGGUGAAAGAGAUAGGGAGACAGGUGGCUACCGAUAAAUGCAUAAUGGCGUUCCUGUUUCUCAUUGUAUGUGGUGUUAUAGCCAUUAUCGUAGUGAAGAUUGUACACCCGAAUAACAAAGACAUUAGGGACAUCCCAGGAUUAGCUCCUCCAGCGCAAUCGAGGAAGCUAUUGUACUUGAGGAAUCAAGACUAACGGGAGAAUAUAAAUCUCUAUUUGUAUAUUUAUUCACGAGAAAUGAGGAAAAUUGCAUCUUGAGGUUCAAUAUUUUAUCUUCUCUUCUUUUUCAUUUGUUAACACUCCAUUUCAUGAAUGAGAGAGAGGGUUUGGCGUUUGUUGGCAUUGUGUGCUUUGAUAGUUGCCGAGGCUUGGGGUUGUUGUUCUAUGUUGAUGUUCUUUUGCUUAAUUAACCCAUUCGUUUGAAUCUGGGUUUUGAUUGGAGGGUGUGUAAAUUUCAGCUUUUGUCUCUCUUUUUUUUGUUUUGUAGCAACUUAUCUCAUCUUUUGUAUAAAAUUCAGACCAUGUUAUACUC